AUGGCUGAAAUUCCUACCUUCAGGGAUUACACAUUACUGUUGGUCCUACAUGACUUCUUCGUAGGGCAACAACUAAUUUCGCCAAUUCAUGGCUCAAUUACUGAGCACGAGCUCAAUGAUAUUAUUGGUAUCGCCCACCGUAGCAUCCUACUCACGGAGAGCCAACGUGAGCAACUAUUCUCGCAAGAAGAACAUGGUUAUCUUCUUGCGCGCGAGACAUGGCGCUUUUGUUUCGUCGUUGAUUUAAGUAUGGAACAUCCAGAUCACCAGUUCCCCGGUAUUCCUCCAACGGAGGCUUCACGCCGAGAACAAAUUUAUGCUCACAGAGCUGGUCAAUCAAUUGCAAUUAGACCUUCUCUCGCAGCAAACCAAUCACAAACUGCAGCUGCUGCGCCAGCUAGACAGUCUCUGCGAAAUAUCGGUGCUUCAACUACAGCACCAGCACCAACUCCAACUCCAACUCCAGCUCAAGUUCAAGUUCAAGCUCGAGCGCUGGCUGAGGCUCAGGCUAAGGUUCAGGCCCAAGCACUAGCUCUGGCUCAAGCGCUGGCUCAGACUCAAGCCGAUGCUGAACAAUAA